AUGUCGCUCACGGACAAGAUUACUAUGCUUAUGUCGCGGCCGGGCGGCGAAAAUGCCCAAAAAGAUGAUGUUCCUUGGUGGAUGCGUUACGCUGGACGAGGCCUGGGCACAGUUGGCAGUUUCAUCGCCAUAAUCCUGGGCCUGUUCAACUGCCUCGGGCUGCUGACCUUCAACGUGGGCUGCCUGGUCGCCGGCAUCUGGCAGAUGCUCGCCGGCUUCAUGGUGAUCGUGUGCGAGGCGCCGUGCUGCUGUUUCUUCAUAGACUACGUCCAGAUCCUCUCGGACAGGAUGGAGGCGAGGCCGUACUGGAACAAGGCAAUCUUCUACGUUGCGUUAGCCCUUCCGCCAUUCUUCUUAUGCUUCCUCAGCCUCAGCACUUGGUUCGGCAGCGGCAUGAUCUUCGGCACCGGCGUCAUAUACGGCAUGAUGGCGCUAGGCAGGAAAGCGUCGGCCGAGGAGAUGAGGACGUCGGCGGCGACGCUGGAGGCGGGGCUCGGUCAGCCGACGACGGCGCCCCGCGCCAACCUCGUUGCCAACGAGCAGCCCGUGAGCUUCACGGGGCUGCCUCUGCCCAAC